AUGGCGUCCACCGUUCCCCGACCGGGGCCUGCCAACCUCACCCCCAAUGCCGGACUGGACGAAUGGCUCGAGGAGGCCAAGCAGUGCCACUACCUGCCCGAGCGGGCCAUGAAGGAGCUAUGCGAGAAAGUCAAGGAGAUCCUGAUGGAAGAGUCCAACAUCCAGCCUGUGUGCACCCCCGUCACGGUCUGCGGCGAUAUCCAUGGCCAGUUCUACGACCUGCUCGAGCUCUUCCGGGUCUCGGGCGGCAUGCCCGGCGAGAAUAACGUCCAGCCCCCCAAGACGGCCACCACGGUCAUCACAUCCGAGGAUAUCGAGCCACCGAGUGAGAUUACGAACCCCAAGCUGCGAAAGAAGCUGCGAUCGCCCAUCCCAGGCUCCAGUGCUGAUACCCAACAAGAUGCCGCAGCCGCAGCCCCAGCGGCCGACACGUCGACUGCUUCUGCCGGCUCCAGUCCUGGUUCCGGCCCCGUGCCCACGGUGACUUCCUCCCAAAGCGCGGAAAACAGGUUCAUCUUUCUUGGAGACUUUGUGGACCGCGGAUACUUUAGCUUGGAGACGUUUACGCUGCUCAUGUGUCUCAAGGCCAAGUAUCCGGACCGAAUCGUUCUCGUUCGCGGCAACCACGAGUCGCGGCAAAUCACCCAAGUCUACGGCUUCUACGAAGAAUGCCAACAAAAGUACGGCAACGCGUCGGUCUGGAAAGCGUGCUGCCAGGUAUUCGACUUUUUGGUCCUGGCCGCCAUUGUCGACGGCGAGGUGCUCUGCGUGCACGGUGGUUUGAGCCCGGAGAUCAGGACCAUUGACCAAAUUCGAGUCGUCGCCCGCGCUCAGGAGAUUCCUCAUGAGGGUGCUUUCUGCGAUCUCGUGUGGUCCGACCCCGAAGAUGUCGACACUUGGGCUAUCAGCCCUCGCGGUGCCGGCUGGCUGUUUGGCGACAAGGUGGCCAACGAGUUCAACCACGUCAACGGCCUCAAGCUGAUUGCGCGAGCGCAUCAGCUGGUCAAUGAAGGAUACAAGUAUCAUUUCGAAGAGAGCUCGGUGGUGACGGUUUGGUCAGCGCCCAACUACUGCUAUAGAUGCGGCAACGUCGCCUCCAUCAUGUCUGUAGACAAAGACCUCAACCCGAAAUUCAGCAUCUUCUCGGCGGUGCCGGACGACCAGAGACACGUGCCGGCGAGUAGACGGGGGCCGAGCGACUAUUUCCUGUAA